CCGCUGUUCGCUUGACAUACUGCGUUACAAUGUCUACAGGAUAAUUUUGAUUUAAUUGGCUUGAAAUUUUUAGGGAUUUAAUGGGUGCAAGAUAUUCUAAAAAACGUCAUAAGCCUCGUAUAAGCAAAUCCCAGAUCCCAUGGCUUCUACGUGGAGCUAUAAGAAGCAAUAAUGUUGGCACACUUCAAUAUCUCUUCAGUUAUCCGAAUGGUGUGGAUCCAAGUAUGGUCAUCGAUGGAGUGUGUCCACUCAAUUUGGCUGUCGAAUUAGGCUAUUUACAAAUGGUCAAAAUCCUUAUUAAAGCAGGUGCAGAUAUUUACGUGGCUGAUGCUCCUCGAUAUCCACUUCACCAAGCAAGUUUAUAUGGUCGUGCAGAUAUUGCUGAAUUGCUUAUACGAUCUGGUGCAUCUGUAUCAGCGCUUACUGAACGACGGCAAUCUUGUUUACACCUACUUGCACAUCAAACUGCUCAACGUUAUGUUGAUACAGCGAAAAUUCUACUAAAAUAUCAUGUGAAUCCAAAUACAUUAGAUGAUGAUGGUCUCGCUCCGUUACAUCGAGCAUCAGUUGAAAUUGUUGAAGUAUUAGUUGCACAUGAAACAACUGAUGUCAAUAUAUGCAGUCGUGAUUUAGAUACACCUUUAUUAACUGCUGUCAAAGAUCGUAGAGAAUUAAUUUUAAUUGCUCUCAUUCGAGCUGACCAACAAUUUCGUGAACAACAUCGAAAAAACAACACAACAACAACAGUGACAAUGACCAAUUCAAUCACAUUGGAAACUCAACCAAUUGAUGAACAAUGUCGUGUUGCACCGUCGGCUCUUCGAACACCAUCUUCAAAAUCAUCGAAUUCUGCAGCUUCUCGAUUUACACUCGCUUCAGCUACUAGCACAAUUUUUCGUGGUAUCAUAUCAAAUGAUUGUGCUGUACCACCGCGUGCUUCAUCUGCCGCUUCAGUUAAUCUACAUUCAAUAUUCACUGCAAAUCAUACAAAACCAUUUAUUGGUGAUCGGCAUAUUUUAUCAUCUCAAUUAAUACGAACAAAACCAAUUAAAAUAUCCGAUGAUCAUGAUACUGAAUUAGAAUAUGAUUCCAAUGGAAUUAAUUUACGUUCUUGUAUUUUAAGAUUAAGUGGAAAACAUCAUAGAUUUUUAAAUUCCGAAUCAAAUGGUUGUAAUAAUAGUGGUGAUACACAACGUAUUGUUAAAUCAAUUUACAGUGGUAGUUCUAAUUUGUCACAAGUUGUUAUUGUUCGUAAACCAGAAAAUUGUCAACGAUGUCAUAGUGUGGGUAAUCCAAGUGAUGUGGCUCGUUGGUGGCAAAGUUGUGAUCGAGUUCAACGUAUACUUGGAAAAACUACACUCAUCAAUCAUAAUAACAAUAAUAGUAACAAUAAUAAUAAUUAUUAUUCAGCAUCACAAACAACACAACUCCCACUCAAUCCUAAAAAUGGUCAACAGUCGAAUUCCGGUACACUACGACCACGUUUAGAUAUAGAUCGACCAGAUAAGAUUGGUAUGACACCGUUAAUGAUUGCAGCAGAAGCUGGUUCAAGUGGUUUGAAUAUGGCGAUAGCUUUAGUGAAUGCUGGUUCAAAUCUUUCAUUAACUGAUAAAGUCGGUAUGACUGCUUUACACCAUGCAUGUUAUGUUGGUUCAUUAAAUAUGGUACGUUAUCUUAUGGAACGUGUUCAUCCAAUAACAUCGUGUAAUAAUGUAACGACUACAACAACACCGACUACUACUGCUACUAUGGUGAUGACGACAACGGCUACCACUACAACUACAUCUAAUGCUCGUUUAUCAUGUCUUCUCUCUACAUCAAUUAUUUCAUCAUUAAAUACUCCUGGAUUAGUUGGUCCCACUAACAAUAGUAAUAGUAAUAUGAAUGUUCAAUUGUCAAUGGUAGGAGGGGCAACAGUACCGCCGCCACCUACAAGUCGUCUUUCAAAUCCAGAAUUAUUAAAUGUUCAAGAUAAAUAUGGUCGAACUUUAAUUUAUCUGGCAGCAUGUCGUGGACAUUGUGAAGUUGUCAAUUAUUUACUAUGUCAUUCAGCUGAUAUACAUAUUACUAAUAAAGAAAAUAAAUCUCCUUUAUAUAUUAGCGCUUAUUUUGGUUAUUUAGAAAUUACCAAUGCUUUAUUACGUCAUGGUGCACAGGUUGAUCAAAUGGAUUCACAUCGUAAAACACCACUUUAUGUAGCUACUUAUCAUGGACGAUUAGAAAUUGUCGAUCUUCUACUAACAGCCGGUGCUAAUGUGAAUGCAGCUGAUAAAAAUGGUAAAACUCCAUUAUAUGUUGCUGUAUUACAUGGACAUUUAACACUAGCUCGUAAAUUAUUAGAUGCUGGUGCAUCAGUGAAUUGUGUUGAUCGUGAAGGCCUCGGUCCAUUGCAUAUGGCAGUGAAAUUUCCUAAAUUAGAUAUACCAAUGGUGAAAUUAUUAUUAAAUUAUGGAUGUGAUCCAGUGAAUUUAGCAAGUUUUACACGUUGGUUAUUAGUACAUGGUAUUAUACCGGAAGAAUGUAUACAUGGUGAUGAUGAAUUAGCUCAAUGGUUACAUUGGGAAGAAUGUAAUGUACAUUCAUUGAAACAUAUAUGUCGUGUAGUGAUACAACGUUCACUUGGUUCAGUUGAUUCAUUACGUAUUAAAGCGAAUCGUUUACCAUUACCAGAGCAUUUAAUCAAUUAUGUAUCAAUGAAACAAUUAUAAAUAAGUUGAAUUAUAAUUUUACUAGGUUUUUUUUUCUCUCACAUUUCUCUUCUCUUCUCUUCUCAUUAUUCUUCUUCUUAAUUGCUUACUUUAUUUUUUAGAACUAAUCUCUGUUCAAUAUUGCAUUUAUUCAUUGAGUGAAAAAAGUAAAAUUCCUCUUUGUAGUUCCUUUUUUUGUUUUUGUUUUAUUUUUCUGUGUAACAUUUUAAAUAUUAGUUUAAAUUAUUUAAAUAAUCUUAGGUUAUUUAUAUUUCAUAAUGAUAAUAUUAUAGUUUUCAAGAUAAAAUUCUUUAAAAAGAGUAAACUGGAAAAAUUCGCUUGUCUGUGAUCCUAUGGAACUGUACUUUAUAUAUAUAUAUAUAUAGAUAGAUAUAUUUAUAAAAUUGUAUUUAUGAUGAUGUAAUAUCAACAAUGUGUUUUUUCAAGUGUACUUACUUACUUGUGUCUAUAGCAUUUACUUUGAAUUGGUCCAUUGUAUUUUUUUUAAAUUUUUCUUCAUGUAAGUCUGGUGGAGAGGAGGAGGUAUAUGUAACUUGUUGAUUUUUUGCUUCAGCCCCUCCCCCCGCCCCCAUUGUUCUUCUUUGAAUCACCCUAUUCUAAUACUCUUGUAUUCUUCUUCUAUUCUAUUCUGUUACUAAUUUCUAAUAAAUUAAAGAGAAAAUGUUGUUUCUAGUUGAAUUUUCUGUGUUGUAUUAGCUCAAUCUAUUUAAUAACACAAUGAAUUGUUGUAGUUAAUAAUGUUAGAAAAUACAAUAUUAACUAC